AUGCUGGUAGGGGAUAUCCAAACAUAUGAGACUGCUCCACGAACAAGUCUUUUUGAGGCCGUCAUCAGCGCACACCCACCAAUACUGGAGAGUUUGCUGAGCCAGCUCCCCACGGUGUCCAUCAUCGACUUAUUUCACACCAGUCGUUAUCUUAGAGAAUUCCUUGCAUCUUACCCACUAGCCUGGAAGACCUUAUCGUUCCGACUACCUCAACCAGCUCCAGUUGUGGGCUCGCCUGGCAACGAAACCCCAGAUGGACGAGACAGACAAUCGAAGCAGUAUGCCUUGGACGGUCUUCUGAUACAGGUAGUAGUUCCUCUCGGAACGCGAUUGAGAAACCUUGAUUUGUGCAAUACUGCGGUGACUGGAGUGUCCCUAGUUUCGCGGGUCCUGCAACCGCGCAUUUCCAUGCUACAGCAUCUUUCUGUCCGUGGAUGUAAAAACGUAUCCAUCAAAUACCAUCUGGUCCCGUUCCUAGAACCCUAUAGCAAAAAAGGCGUCCCGUGGGCCGUCAAAGGGGAACUCGCUUUAAAGUCUUUAUAUGCCUAUCGAUGUCGUCACCACCGCCGGCGGCCAUAUCUUCCCCAGUCACUUGCCAGAAAAGAUUCCGACUCUGAGCCAACACAUCAGCUCAUCGAAAUCUGUCAUGAGCUUGGUAUUUGGACAGAUACAGCUUGGUGUCCGACCCCGGCUGGACGAUGCUUCAGGAGGAAGGACUACCACAACGGCAGGGCUGCACCUGGCACACCUGAAGUAUGGGUCCCAUUCGACAGGCUAUGGAGAUCCUGUAACCGCAUAGGCCCGUCACACGGCACUGCUCAACGAACCUCAGAUGGUCGGCUUUGGGAAGACGCUGAAACCGGAUAUGAUGGUGAAGCCCUCGGCCCUGAAGAUGGAUCAAGUUUAGGUGAGGGGAAGGACGUUCCAGCACACCUGAGAAAGAGUCACAGAACUUUUGUGGACGGCGUCAAAUGCAGCCAGUGUGAUGAAGAUAUCCUUGAGCGGUGCGAGCAAUGUAGUGUGCGAAUGCACUGCAUGGGAUGCAGGAAGACUCUCUGUGCGAGCUGCGCUUUCAACCGUCCGGUACCUCGAAAACGCGCAAAGACUCGACACUUUACAGAAGAAGCCUUCGGCAACCAGCAGUUCCUGUUGACGAAUUCACAUCAAGCUCAACAAGCUUCGAUUAGUCUUGAGGGGAACGUACGACGCUCCGAAUCCCCGGCUAAUGACCGUUUCUGGUGGGCACCCGGAGCGACACGUUCACCAAAUAUGAUGACAGAACGGCCAGAUGACGGCGACUCUGACUCCGAGGAUGGAGGUAACAACAACUUCGGAGCAGUAGCUAACCCCCAUAUAUUGGCUAACAUGAGCCCUUUAAAGCUCAAUAUGCACUGGUGCUGUCUUGAACCAAUAUUUUCGGGUGGCGGUGGCAUCACAUUCCUUGGGAAUUCAAUCGGGGGCAGAGGUGCAGACAAAAUACGUGCAGCACCUCUUCCCCGAAGUCCGGAAUUCAAAGACCCGGAGUUCUCAUCGACGAUACCGUCAGGAAGGCUCAAAAAUCUGAAAGCCAAUGGCCUAUACGGGCAGCUGUCAGGUGAAGACAUGAACAUUCUUUCAUUCCUCACACAAGACUCCCUCAUGCUGCAAGAAUCGACGUGCCCGAGGAGUCUGUGUCAAGACUGUUAUCGCAGUUUCCGGUGGAAGGUUUCCUGCAGGGGUUGCAAGAAGCCGCUCUGUAAAGAACAUGACUUCCGUGCGCUGAAAAUUCGAAAGUGCGGCUUCCGUGACCUGCAGACCGAAAGAGACUUCGUGCUGAACUACAAAGCCGACCGAAAUGAGCUUGUGAUACCAGCCUUUCAACGAAAUCCUCCUGCAUAUGUGGGCACCCUCGCAGAUGAGCAGCAGGCAACGUCCUCAACUGUGAUAGAACCAUCUACUACUGCUAUGCAUAUCAAUGGACCUGCUCCGCCUCCCCACACUAGCGUCCCAUCUCAGGAACUACAUCCACCGACCGACAUGGCUGCGUCGAUAUCGUCACGUGGCUUAGCUUUAGACAACAACCUCGAUAUCUCGUACUACAACAUGCCAUUCACCCGUCCUCGAUCACUCAGUGUGUCAGACCUUCGACACCGUGUGACCAGUACAUCUCAUGCAACCUCGCAACGGGCAAAUGCACCACACGCGAGGGUGCCACGACCAGGUCAUCCACGACAUCCGGUUCAGUGGGAAGGAUGCGGUGCCUAUUACUGCCAAUCUCCCCGCGCCAUUGGCGAUUCCAGAUCAAGGUGCCCGGCGACUCUGAAAGAAUGCAAAGAGUGCGGCGUAUACGUCUGUGAGAAUUGCAUGCUUGGAAACCAGCUCUGCCCCUGCGGAUACUGCUCAAUGAACUAUCACUGUCCCCAUUGUGACCAGAAACCACAUAUACAAAAACAGUGCCGUCUCCAGGAAGAAUGCAAAGCACGCCUAGCUGCUCAGGAGGCCGACCGCAGACGCCGCGAACACGAACGCGAGGGUGCCAAAGCUGCCGAUGAGCUAGCUGCCCAGCUUGGCGAAUUCUUCUUUGGCUUGUUCAACGACGAUACGCCUGCUGCCACCGAUAGCGCGCUCACUGCCAUUGACAACCAUCUACAUAAUUUCGUGAGUGAAGACGGCGAGAUGGGCGACGAUGAGGAUGACGCACCGGUCAGCGACGAGCAAUUCGUCACGUUCUCUCAGGCGAUGCAGGUACAAAUGAACGCAGAACUUGCGAAUAUCGAUGACGAUGCAGGGGGCGUCGUGGUCGAUGGAGGUGUGCUUGUUGAUCUGGAUUUCACGGAUGUGGUGGACGAUGAUGACGAUCUGGAUGAUUUCUCGGACGCGUGA